AUGAAUGGGGUACGUUCCAAAGCCAAAAAGAGGAAAAAACCGAAUGUGGCGAGAGAGGAUAGGAUUAGUAAACUGCCUGAUCCAUUACUUCAUCAUAUACUCUCUUUUCUUCCAACCGAAUGCGCUGUUUCCACUACCGUGUUAUCCAAGAGAUGGGAGAAUGUCUGGAUAUCUGUUCCUGUUCUUGACUGUCGCAACUGGGAGCAUGAAGACGGAUAUGGAUAUUCUGAUGACGAAAAUGGAUGUGAUGACGAAGAUGGAUAUGAAUACCGUGAUGACAAAGAAACCAUUAAGUUCAUGGAUUUUGUGGAUAGGGUAUUGGCUCAACGCAAUAUGUUAAAUAUAAAAAAGUUUUGUCUCAAAUGUGAAAAUGAGUAUUUCGAUCAUAAACGGGUGAAUGCAUGGAUUACUACGGCAAUUGAAUGUGAAGUGGAAGAGUUCAUUUUUUAUGAGCGUAACUCACACCCAAGCGAUGGGAAGAUAAUUCCUGAUUCCCUUUUCUUGUCAAUCACUAACCACGUUAGACUUUCAGUUUCCAGGACUAAAUCUGUCCAGUGCUUGAAGAAUUGUGGUUGGGAGAAUGUUGAGUUCAAACGUGUUUCAGCUCCUAGAUUGAAGUCCUUCAUCAUUCUAACUGGUUGUUUGGGAAGUUAUGUGUAUCUUGCCAAAGUCGAUAUUGAUGCACCAAACCUAUUGUCCUUCACUUUCUGUGAUUGGCUCCCGGAAGAUUUUGUUGUGGAUAGUUUUCCAUUGCUACAAGUUGCAGAUUUAUACUACAACUAUGGCGACAUAGAAAGCAGAUUUCUUCCUUUGUCCAAGUUUGUAAUGAAGCUCUGCAAUGUAAAGGUCUUGAAAAUAUCAGGUGCUUACUUACCAUAUAUUCAGUGA